UUCCUGUGGUAAUAUUUCGGUAUUUCCCCAAGAAAAUUCCUCAAAUCAUAAUAAUAAUAAUAAUUUUCAUCUUGGUCUGGUCUCUUUCCCAUGUCUUCGUUUACUUGUUAACAAUUCUUCUUCUUCUUCUUCUUCUUCUUCUUCGGCCAUCAGAGCUCAGAUUAAAUGGCCGCGCCACCAGCCAGAGCUCGGGCCGAUCACGAUUUCCUCAUUAAGCUGCUCCUGAUUGGCGACAGCGGCGUUGGGAAGAGUUGUCUGCUUUUAAGAUUUUCAGAUGGUUCUUUUACGACCAGUUUCAUCACCACGAUAGGCAUUGACUUUAAGAUACGGACUAUAGAGCUCGAUGGGAAACGAAUCAAAUUGCAAAUCUGGGACACUGCUGGUCAGGAGCGAUUCCGAACUAUCACAACAGCUUAUUACCGUGGAGCGAUGGGUAUUCUGCUGGUGUAUGAUGUUACCGACGAGACAUCCUUCAACAAUAUUCAAAACUGGAUCCGCAAUAUUGAACAGCAUGCUUCUGACAACGUAAACAAAAUAUUAGUUGGGAACAAGGCUGACAUGGAUGAAAGCAAAAGGGCCAUUCCGACUUCAAAAGGCCAAGCUCUUGCUGAUGAGUACGGGAUUAAAUUCUUUGAAACUAGUGCAAAGACGAAUAUGAAUGUAGAGGAAGUUUUCUUUUCAAUAGCAAAGGACAUUAAGCAAAGGCUUGCAGAGAGUGAUACAAAAGCUGAGUCUCAGACCAUCAGGAUAAACCAACCCGACCAAGCAAACAGCUCGGGACAAGAUGCGCAAAAGUCCAGUUGCUGUGGUUAAUGAGAACAUCAAACAUUGAAAAGUUCGGGGAAUAUCCGGAAAGUCGUGUCGACUUUACUACUGCAUUAUACAUCUAGCGUUGAUCGCCAUCGUGGGGUAUCGACGUGCCUCUGGGCUUUUAGAUGGUGGCUGGUUGUUUCACCUAUAUUUAUCAGUUACUCCUCUCUCUUUACUUACUCUUGUCUCAGCCAUCGUUGACGAUUUAUGGCAAUCACCUUCUUUUGGUUUGCAUUUCAAGGAUUAGCUUUCUAUUGUAGUGUGAGAGAUGCCCAUGUUUCUUACGACUCGAUGGAACAGCAGUUUAUCUUAUAGUGAAAAUCCGUUUUCUCUAAGC